AUGGAGCAGCACCCACCAAAACAGUCAUGGAGCAGCACCCACCAAAACAGUCACGGAGCAGCACCCACCAAAACAGUCAUGGAGCAGCACCCUCCAAAACAGUCAUGGAGCAGCACCCACCAAAACAGUCACGGAGCAGCACCCACCAAAACAGUCAUGGAGCAGCACCCACCAAAACAGUCAUGGAGCAGCACCCUCCAAAACUCAUGGAGCAGCACCUCCAAAACAGUCAUGGAGCAGAACCCACCAAAACAGUCAUGGAGCAGCAGCCCCUCCAAAACACAGCCAUGGAGAAGCACCCACCAAAACAGAGAUGGAGCAGCACCCACCAAAAACAGUCAUGUAGCAGCACCCCCCACAAAACAGUCAUGGAGCAGCACCCACCAAAACAGUCAUGGAGCAGCACCCACCAAAACAGUCAUGCAGCAGCACCCACCAAAACAGUCAUGGAGCAGCACCCACCAAAAACAGCCAUGUAGCAGCACCACCCUUCACCACCAAAACCAGUCAUGGAGCAGCACCCACCCCAAAACAGUCAUGGAGCAGCAGCACCCACCCAAAACAGUUCAGGCAGCAGCACCCACCAAAACAGUCAUGGAGCAGCACCCAUGUAGCAGCAAAAAACAGUCAUGGAGCAGCACCCACCAAAACAGUCAUGGAGCAGCACCCAUCAAAACAGUCAUGGAGCAGCACCCACCAAACAGUCAUGGAGCAGCACCCAUCCAAAACAGCCACACAAAACAGUCAUGGAGCAGCACCCACCAAAACAGUCAUGGAGCAGCACCCACCAAAACAGCAAUGUCCAGCAGCACCCACCAAAACAGCCAUGGAGCAGCACCCACCAAAAAGCCAUGGAGCAGCACCCAUCAAAACAGCCAUGUAGCAGCACCCACCAAAACAGUCAUGGAGCAGCCACCCACCAAAACAGUCUAUGGAGCAGCACCCACCAAAAACAGGUCAUGUAGCAGCACCCACCAAAGCAGUCAUGGGCAGCAACCACCAAAACAGCCAUGUAGCAGCACCCACCAAAACAGCCAUGUAGCAGCACCCACCAAAAUAGCCAUGGAGCAGCACCCACCAAAACAGUCUAUGGAGCAGCACCCACCAAAACAGUCUAUGGAGCAGCACCCACCAAAACAGCCAUGUAGCAGCACCCACCAAAACAGCCAUGGAGCAGCACCCACCAAAACAGUCUAUGUAGCAGCACCCACCAAAACAGUUUAUGGAGCAGCACCCACCAAAACAGUCAUGUAG